GCUGAAACACACUUCCAACAAUCAACCUUUUUGAUCACGCACUGUUUUUACCUGGUGUCACUUUCAGCAAGACCACAGUCGAGCAGAGAAUAAUAAAUCGAUUUCUCCAAAAAGAGAGUUCAAAGCAUUUAAAGUAAAGCAGCUAUGGCGCCCCCAAUUGUGUCCGCUACAAUCCAAACAGCAAUCAUCUCCGCCAUCUCCAACAUUCUCGCACAGGCCAUCACAGCCCACCAGACCGGCACCCCUCUGAUCAUCGACCCCAUCCCCGUCUUCCAAUACGCCCUCUUCUCCCUGCUCUCCACGCCUCCCAACUUCCUCUGGCAGGACUUUCUCGAGUCCACCUUCCCGGCCUACGGCCCAUCCGCGUCAGCAGCGCCUGCGCCUGCUGCGGGGUCCAAGGACGCCAAGGGCGCCGCCCCCGCCGCCGCCGAGGCGAGACCGCGGCUCAACAAGCGCAACACGGUCGUCAAGACGCUGCUCGACCAGACGGUCGGCAUGGCCGCCAACACGGUGCUCUUCAGCCUGUUCAUGCACGGGAUCCGGCAGGGCAUGGCGCACCACUACGCGGCGAGGGAGGCCGCCGGGGACGGGGACGCGAGGUUCGGCGGGCUGGGGCUGGGGUUCCUGCUCGGCAGCGACGCGGUGCGGUACCGGGACGUCGCGUGGGCCAGCGUCUGGGCCAAGGCGAAGGGCGAGUUCUGGGACCUGGCCAAGGCCGGCUGGCGCUUCUGGCCGCUGGUCAGCCUGGUCAAUUACGUCUUCGUCACGAGCGUGGAGGCGAGGAGCCUGGUGGGCGCGCUGGCUGGGUUGGGCUGGGGCAUCUACCUCUGCUUGGUGACGGGGCAGUAGCUGAAAACGCAUCUGGGACGA